AUGCGUCCCGUUUCUAUGCCGAUAUCGGCUGGAGGCGGAAAUAGUAGCGGUAAUCAUACGGAACCACAAUUUGCUGCUGAAAAUCCGACAAUCGAUUAUCCUAUAGCGGAUCCAAUUUUCGUAAAAAAUCGGUAUGGCCGGGAGGAUCUGCUCGCUCUUCUUUCCAGAGAUGUGCAUCCACCAGAUGGUCUUGACAAAUGCCAUUUUUAUGUACCCGCUGCUCAGAAACCAAUCGUAUUAACGCCACUUUCUGAUACCGAAACGCGGCUGCAACACAACAUAAAUUCGAGCAAAGCAAUGAGUUUACUGAGCCAUGCGGAUCGAGCAACGAUAGCUUCUGGUGGCAUGAUCGGCGGCCCAAGUAUUCCAUUGCAGUUAAAAGCAAGCCAAGAAAACCGUUCUUUUUCACCCUCGUGGAUACCUGCGUCUGGUGGUGGAAAUAAUGGUUUUGGAAGGGGAAGCUUACAGUUCGGCCGUGCUACUUUUGGAGGUUCAUAUCGUGGACGUGGUAUGACGCAAACAAGUUCUACCAAUCCAUCCGAAUCAGUAGUUAUUGGGCGAUUGAGCACUAAUCGGAGUAAUCGUGGCAAUAUACCCAGUUUUGGCCGAGCAAGUAGUACCACGCAACCAUUUAAUGCUCGGGCCCAAGGUUUGUACGACCCGCGUGAUCCACGUGAUCGUCCGAGGCAACGUCUUCGUAGCACAUCUGAUGAUGCAUCAAAUCCACCGUUUGGUAGUGCCGUUGACGAUUCUUCUGCGCCUCUGAAUAGCGGUUGGACCCAAGUAGGACGAGCUGCAGCACCAUGGAGUAAGAGAAUACAUGUCAGUGUGAAUGCAGUACAACAACCAGCAGCGAGCGGCGAAUUUACUAAUCGGUCACAACUACCUGAAUGGAUGAGUGAUGAUCAAGAAAGAGGAAACAGUUCAAAUCUGGAAGAAACUGGUUCAUUUGAUGAUGGGGGCCAGUUUCAAGCAGCAACAAUCGCUCAACGAAUGACGACUUCUUUGGAUUUGAUACAAAAUCCUGCAUCUAAUAUACCAGGAGAUAUCCCGGAAAGGCCCGAAAGACAAAGGUGGCAUCAGGAAGAGGAAAAACCAGUUAUACCAACAUCUGUACCUGUUACUGUUCCAAAUGCUUGGUCCAUGGUAUCCAACAAUUUGGAGCAGCCACAAUCAAACAGAAUUACAAAACAGUUUGUCGAGGGUCCUGAUAAUACCAUAACUCUAACAGAACAGCCCACAUCCGUUACUGCAAUAGCUGGUGCUGUAAACAGUCCGUUUCAGCAAAAUUACACGGAUGAUAUAACCUUACUUAGUCAUUCCGCUUCAAUGGGGUUAACUUCAAGGAGUGAUUAUGUCGAUGAAUGGUACUAUGUGGAUCCGAAAAAUGCUGUGCAAGGUCCCUUCCCAACAAUUCAUAUGCAGGCUUGGUAUAAAUUAGGAUAUUUCACACCGGAGUUACGCGUGCGACAUGGACAGAAUCCAGAUAGCAGUUUUACGACUUUGGGUGAGUUAAUAGCGAUGAAUAGUGAGGAGACGCCGUUCAAAUUGAAACCCUUCCAGCCACCAGUAAUGCAGUUACCUUUGCAACAGACUCAGGAAGUAAGCAGAAAUAUAUGGAGUCGAGAUUAUAGUGUAUCACUUAUUGAAGCUGCAAAAGUCAAGAAGGAACGACAGAAAUUGGAAGAAGAGCAACGUCGGGUGGCAGAACAGGAAAGACAAUUGAAAGAGAUGCGGGAAGCUUUGUUGAAAGAGGAGGAAGAAAGGGUCGCACGAGAACGGAGAAUUAUGGAGAAAGAACUACAACUUCAGAAGGCACAAGAAGAAUUAGCGCAGUUAGCAGCAGAAGAAAAAGAACGAUCAGCGGCACGAGAACGUGAAAUAGAGGCUGAAAAGAAACGGUUGGCCGAAGAGAUGGAAAGGACGAAAAAGGAAGAAGUGGAAAGAGCAUUAGCCGAAACAAGACGAAAGGAGGAAGAGAGAGAACAACAACAAUUAAAAAGUGAAGCGGAAAUGCGCAUGAAAAAAGCAAAGGAGUUGAAGAGAAUACAAGAAGAAACUGAAGAAGCGACUCGACAAACAGCCGCUGAACAAAAAAGAUUACAACAAGUAUCACAGUGCGCAGCAGCAACUGCACGUGAAAAAGAAAAUUUGCAUCAUAAGCCACCGACUGAAUCGAAGAAAGGGAAUACUUCAAAGGAAUUCGUUGUUACUGAAGAAUUCACGCCACCCUUAAGGCAAAAAGGAUCGGAGAAUACAUCCGCUAAUUGGCGAUAUUCUUGGCAAGCAACAUAUCAAAGUGGUGAAGAAAAAGUGGCUGCACCGAAAACCGCUCCAUGGGUUGCUGUAACAAAUAAGGGAAUGACAGAUCGAAGCGAGCCAAGUUUGUUGGAUAUACAACAAGAGGAAGAGCGACAAAUGAUUGCAGAGAUGAAGCAUAAACAGCAGCAACAAAUAAAUGGUGCAGCAAUAUGGAAAGAUUCUGGGGAAGCAACUCGUGCAGGAGUUUGGAAUUCUGCUACCCAUAAACUUAAGUGGAGGCAGGAUUCCCAGCCAAUAUCUGAUGUGGUUGUGCCUUCACGGCAAGUUGCAUGGGGUGGCGCCAAAAGUAUGAAUGAAGUAACCGCUACAAAAGCAGUCUGGGAUGAUCCGCCGCUUUCAGAUAGUGGUAAAAUUAAAACUAACAGAAAUUUACAAAGUGCAAACAAGUUGGAACGAGGAAGUACUGAACACGAAGCAGUAAAGAAAAUCUUCAAGCAGUCCGUUACAAGCAGUGGUAAUGCUCUUACUAGUUGGAUGGUAAAUCGAGUAAAACAACUAAACCCACAAGUGGAUGCCGAUGUUUUCGCUGCGUUCAUUGAAGGUGUCGACAAUCCAAAUGAAGUGGAAGAUUACAUAAUUGGUUAUUUGGGUGAGAGUCGGUUGGUGAAAGAAUUGAUACGAGAAUUUCUAGAAAGGCGUUCGCAAGCACGUCAGAAGAGGGAACCUGUUGAUAAGGAUGAUUUAACUCAUCCUGCGCAAGCAGCUGAUGCAUUAAGUACCACUGCGGUGAACAGUAAGUCCGACAGUUCUACCUCGCAACAAAUAUUAACGGGUGGCGGAAAACGCAAGAAAAAAGGUAAUAAAGGAAGUAAACUGGUUGUCGAUGGUGCGUGUUUGGGUUUCAAAGGAACAGUAGAUCCGAAUCGUGUUAAUGUCGGUGAAAUUGAUACUGUCGGUAGUGGUGCGGUAAUCGAUUACUCGCAUAAGUGA